AUGGCCCGGCUGCUAUCUUUUCUCCUUCAGCUGCAGCACCUCGUGAGGCAUGCUUCGGCCAGCAGCGCACCCUGUCGCGGCCCCAUUGCGCCCCGCGUCAUGAUUAUUUCCAUGUGGACACCAGAGGCAGACUCGUGGCAUCGGCGGUUCCAUGAAUCCGAGCUGGGCAAUCUCUCUGCCGUUGCCGUCGCCUCGCCCGGCCUCUCCAUGCUCUUCCCGCACGUCUCAUGUACCGAGGACGGCCGCGUCUGCCAGGUCACGGUGGGCGAGGGGGAGGUCAACGCGGCGGCGUCCAUGAUGGCCCUCGUGCUGUCGCAGAGGUUCAACCUUGGCCAGACCUACUUCCUCAUCGCCGGCAUCGCCGGCGUCAACCCCCGGCACGCCACCCUGGGCAGCGUGGCUCUGUCCCGGUUCGCCGUCCAGGUCGCCCUGCAGUAUGAAAUCGACCCACGCUCCUUGCCGGCCAACUGGACGACGGGCUACAUCGCAUACGGCCGCGACUAUCCGUUCGAGUAUCCCAGCAUCACGUACGGCACCGAGGUCUUUGAGCUCAACGAGCGCCUGCGCGAUGCCGCCCUCGCCCUGGCUUCCCGCGCCUCCCUGACCGACGACCAAAUCUCCCGCCAGUAUCGCGCCCGGUACGCGGCAAGGGGUCAGAAUCCCUUCGCCGCCGCCGCGCGCCCUCCCAGCGUCGUCAAGUGCGACUGCACAACCAGCGACGUCUACUUCUCGGGCACCAGGCUUUCCCAGGUGUUUGAGAAGACGACCGAGACAUGGACAAACGGCACCGGCGUCUACUGCAUGACGGCCCAGGAAGAAAACGCCACGCUCGAGGUCCUGGUGAGAGCUGCCAUCGAGAGCAUCGUCGACUUUUCCAGAAUCAUCGUCAUGCGCACAGGUUCCGACUUUGAUCGCCCUCCGCCCGGCGUCUCUGACUGGGAGCACCUGGCCACCGUCGAUCAAAACGGCUUCAACAUCGCCAUUGACAACAUAUACAACGCCGGCAUCGAAAUCGUCAAGGGCAUCGUUACCGAGUGGGACCCCGUCUUUCGGCAAGGCAUCGUGCCCACAAACUAUAUCGGCGACAUACUCGGCAGCCUUGGAGGCAUCCCAGACUUUGGGCUCGGCAGCGUCACCGGCGGCAAGCCCGUCGCUCCGGCCGGCGGUAGGGGUGGCCUGGCCAAGCGGCGAACGAGACGGCUUGGGCGGUUCGCCCUUCGGACGGGCGGCGGGCUGUGA